GAAUGGCUUCUUCUAUGCACCGAACAGAAAAAACAGCUUUCGUUUAGUUGUCAGAUCUAAGAUAAAUCAAGGAUUUGUUAAUAUGCAUAGAGUUAUUGUACAAUUCAAGUUGUUGGAGAGGAUUGCGUCACUCUAUCACUACUAAUGUCUUUUUAUUUAGAGCAUAAUUCAAUACAAGAGAUCAAGCUAAUUAUUAUUCUUAUUGACUACAUUUGUCUUAGAGAGGUUCGUUUAAACAACCUGUACCAAGUCCAGUUGUGGGAUAAAACAAUGGUUAUUUGGUUAGCAAAGUAAACAAGGGAUUAUAUAUUACAUGGACUAAAUCGGUUAAGCUGUGGCCAAUGUUCAGAAACUAAUACUCGAAGGUCAUGUGACAUUUUGUUUGCGUCUCUUAGAUUUGGCUGUCACUGCUACAUUGCCCUUUCUCAAGCAUUAUAGGGCCAAAGUGAUGAUUGAAUGAGUUAUUUUGGGUAGGCCAUGUUAUGGCAGCGAGAAUAUUUGGAACCCCAUUAGAUUACCCUUCAAAAAAGCUCUUGAAGAGAGAAGGGAGGCUCCAAUAUAUAUUGAGGAGGAAUGGUCCAAGUCUGGUGGACGUGGGACUCUAAAACGCCCCUUCCAAUGGAGAGUAAACAGGUAUAUAUUGUCCCAGAGUGUCGAGAGGGCGCUAGACGAGUAUAGAUUGCCUAGAAUGUCAAGUCCUUAGUGGUACGUCUUUUCUCUGAUACCAUAUGAGAAUAUGUGGAACCCCCAAAUUUACUCUCCAAAAGAGCCCUUGAGGAGAGAAGAGAGGUUCCAACAUAUAUUGAGGAGGAAUGGUCCAAGUCUAGCCGAUGUGGGACUCUAACAACACCUAAUACCUCACUUCAUUGAAAAUUAGAGAGGUAACUCUUCAUAUCUACUGGAUAGAAGUUCUUUGAAAGGUUCUCUCUCAAGCCCCUGCUAGUGCCAUACAAGACCUAUCAACUUUUAAGUUAUAGAACUUGCUUUUGAACACUUCGUGCAAAGAGAUUCUAGUGAGAAAUCAAAUUCAUUCCUAUUGAUCUUUUUGCUAUUACAUUGUCUGUUAAUUUACAAAUUGAUUUGAACUUCAUUUGUUAUUGCACACGUGUACCUGACUACCUGUGCUAAAGAAGAGACACUGCCAAGCUUAGAAAAUGUAUUGGUUAAUCAAUUCAUAGCAAUGAUCUUAAAACACUUCUACCAUGUGCUUGUAUGCAUUUCUUUUUUAGAAUAUAGAGGAGAGAGAUUUUCUAAUUUUUCCAGAACAGAUGUUUCACUCAUUUUCUUCAAUCAUCACCAUCAUCAUUGCUCCCAAAUCCCUCCAUCAUAAGUACUCCCAAAGCCUUCACAAUCAAUGCUGCUCCUCAACAAAACAAUAAUUUUGCUAAAGUAUUUACUUCUUUCAGCAAGUUAGGUCAAAACUAGGAUUUUCAUAUAGACCCCCAGUUUUUUACCAAGUCAAUAACAGUAAAAAGUUAUAAAUAAAUAUCAUGUACAUUCAGUUACAUAUGUGUGCCCAUGUAAUGGGUGUGUGUCUAUAUUUUCCAUGAUUUUAGGUGACAUGUGCAAUCUGAUUAUGGGAGUCUCAGUGGAAUUCAUCUUAGUUGAUGACAAGAAGACUAGACAGCUUUAACUAGAAUUUUAAUUUAAUCCUCCUUUCUCUUCGUCUUCCUGUGUGAGUGCAAGUACAAAGCCUCUGCACUUUUAAGUCUUAACCAGGGUUGCAAUCACAUCCUUUUGCCAAAGUCACUAGGAUCACCAUUGCAUAUGCAAUGCCUUUUUCCACAUUUUGCCACUCACUUUGUCCACUUCUCUCCACUGCCAAUAGCUUUAUCCAGGAUGUUAGAAUCUGCAAUGUGCUAACUAUUUUUGGAUCCAAAUUCUUGUUUAUUUGCUAUUCUACGUGGUAGGGCAGGGGCAAUAUUACCGCUAAUUAGCCAAUUGGUUUUCAAUAUAAAAUUCAAAUUUGGUUUUUGGAAAUUGCUUGUUUGUACGUUCUGUACCUCUGUGUAUGGUUUUCUUUGUUUGCAUGAAUCACUUGAGAGGUAUAUUAAUUGCAAAGAUCCCCCUCAAAUCAUUGAAGUUACAAAUAGACCUUGAUUUUUGUAGUUUGGCCCGCGUUGUUUUGGCUUUCACUUUCCAUAAAUUAUUAUAACUUGGUUAGUGGACAACAUUUAACUAAGCAAUACUUUUUAGAAAUUUUGAGUGCUUAGAAGUCCUGUACACAUAUUUUGUAUUAAAAAUAUAAUAACAUUGAGAAAAAAAGACUAUUUUAUCUUUCAAUUUCAUCUCUUCUCUUCAUCAUCUCUUGUGCUUUCGUUUUACUUUUUGCUGUGCUCGAUGUGAAACUUGAAGACAUCAGACCAUUCCUUUUCCACUAUUUUCAUUCACAGUAGUUGCUUGUAGGAAUGAGUUGAUUUGGCUCCUAAUGCAUGUUUAAUCAUCUGUUGAAGUGCAUGGAAUUCAAAAAUUCAAUAAAUUGGUUUGGAGACUAGAGAAUAUGAUUUGGAUUGUGAACCAGAACAUUUGGUUAUGAAGUUUGAACUAAAGGAAAAAGAUUUGAAAAUAUCUGAUCUAGAGUCAGAGAACAGGAAGAUGAAGGUUGAACUUGAGGAAUUUAGAACAGAAGCAACUCAUCUAAAAAAUCAACAAGCAACAAUAAGGCGACUAGAGGAGCGCACCCGACAAUUGGAGCAACAGAUGGAGGAAAAAGUAAAGGAGAUUGUGGAGAUGAAGCAACGGAGUUUGGCAGAAGAAAAUCAGAAAACGCUGGAGGUUCUAAAGGAAAGGGAACAACUAUUACAGGAUCAAUUACGACAGGCUCAAGACAGUGUUUCUAAUAUGCAGAAAUUGCAUGAACUUGCACAAAGCAAAUUGUUUGAGUAUCGUGCCCAAUCAGAGGAAGAUAGAGCCGCAAAGCAGUCGGAAGUAAAUCUAUUAAUGGAUGAAGUUGAAAGGGCUCAGACUCGCCUGCUAAGUCUAGAAAGGGAGAAGGGAGUUCUACGUUCACAACUACAAUCAGCAAAUGAAGACAAUGAUACUAAGAGAAGUGAUGAUGCUGAUACAAAUAGCAUCCUUGAGAAUUCUUUAAGUGCCAAGGAAAAGAUCAUCUCGGAACUAAAUACUGAACUUCACAGUAUUGAAACAACCUUAUCUAACGAACGAGAACAACAUAUCAAUGAAAUCAAGAAGUUGAAUGCAAUGCUCAAUGAGAAGGAAGUUGCUCUUGAGGAAAUCAAGAAAGAGCUCCAGGAAAGGCCUACAGAGAAAUUAGUAGACGAUCUGCGCAAGAAAGUUAAAAUUUUGCAGGCAGUGGGUUAUAACUCAAUAGAGGCUGAAGAUUGGGAGGUUGCUACUAGUGGGGAGGAGAUGAGCAAACUCGAGUCUCUACUUCUUGAUAAGAACCGAAAAAUGGAACAUCAACUCACACAAUUAAAGGUCCAACUCUCUGAGAAGACUUCUUUGGCAGAAACAUCUGAAAGCAAGAUUUUAGAACUUACAUCAAAGAUUAACGAGCAACAAAAGCUUAUACAGAAAUUAGAAGAUGAUAUAUUAAAGGGUUACAAUUCCAAAGAUCGUAAAGGAAAUAUGUUUGAUGAUUGGGAUCUUUCGGAGUCGGGUGCAAAAGAUAUUUCUGAGAAUGCAGAUCAUAAACAUGUUUCUUCUGACCAAGAUCAAAACUCAAUGCUUAAGGUGAUAUGCAACCAAAGAGACCGUUUUCGGGCACGCUUGCGUGAAACUGAAGAGGAAAUAAGGCAGUUGAAGGAGAGGAUAGGGGUGCUGACAACUGAACUGGAGAAGACGAAAGCUGACAAUGUCAAGCUUUAUGGAAAGAUCCGUUACGUUCAGGAUUAUAAUCUUGAAAAAGUAGUCUCUAGAGGAUCAAGGAAGCAAUCAGUUGAAGAUCUUGAAAGUGGUUUCAGCUCUGAUGUGGAAUCCAAGUAUAAGAAAAUAUACGAGGAAGACAUAAAUCCAUUUGCAGCGUUCUCGAAAAAGGAAAAGGAUCAAAGGUACAAAGAGCUUGGUUUACGGGACAAAAUUACACUUACCAGUGGCCGUUUUCUUCUUGGCAACAAAUAUGCACGAACGUUUGCAUUUUUCUACACGAUCGGGCUGCAUAUUUUGGUAUUUAGCUGUCUCUACAGGAUGUCGGCUUUAAGCAACCUCAGCCAUGGACCCGAAGAAUUUGUUGGCAACGAGAAAAUCACAAAUCUUCCCCACGCGAUAUAGAGACAUAACCGUAAUCCCAUGACUCGUUACAAUGUACAUAGACUAAAUUACCCCUUUCCUGAUCGCAAAGGGUGUUACUAUGAGAAUGUAUCCUUUUGGUUUCUAUGGACGAUUCACCACAAAAAAGAAGAUUGAUUGAUACUGGGUUUUAUGAGGUUUUUGUUAUUAUAUAUUCAAAGUUAUCAUUACGAAACACAAAAAAUUAUGGGUCGAAAUUCGUCUUAAAUUAUUUUGGGCGUUUUAUGCCAACUUAUUGAGAGAAGUCUAUGCUUUCA